AUGACCUCAACUGUAUACCGAGGAGAGCUUCUCUUAACACAGGAGGAAUCUAAUGAUUUUAACAGGACACUCGAAAAUGCCUGUUUGAAGAUAUACGGGCUCCAGACUCCAUUCAUUCCAUGGAGAAUGUCCCCAAUUGACCAGCCAAUCAGAGCCCAUACACCCUCAUCAAUAUCCCUCGCAACAGUUCUGAGAGAACUCGAUGCUACGAUUGAUCCUGCUGAGAUCAUAAAACAGCCACUUAACAGAAGAUCAAGUUUUAAGUUAGAACCUACGCCAUCACCUCGGCCUACAGCACCACCAUCACCUAAAAAACCUGAAGUUAAGCCUGAGGUUAAGAAAAGACCAAAUUUUGUUCUGGAUGAGAAGAUCGAGUAUGAUGUUGACUCAGACUUUUAUAAAUUGCUGAAUCCACCCGAGGACAAGCUCCAAGAACUGCCAGAAUGGGCCAGGAAAAUCCACAAGAUUCUGAGAGAAGUUUGCUACCAACCUUACGCCAAGCCCUUUUUGAAAUAUUUUAAAAAGAAAACCCCAGAUGAGGUAAAUAUUACUGAAAAUCCACAACCUGACCCUAAGCCGAAGAAACCUGAAAAGGCUGAUGACCUUGAUUUCGAUGAUCUCAGUGAUGACUUACAUGAUAUUCUAAUGGACAUAGAUAAUGAUGCCAAUAAUCCAGUUAAGGAUGGCCAAGAAGAUAAGAUGGAACUUGAUUCUGACCUUGUCACGCCUAAACACGUCGACAACUAUGUUAAAAUUGACACUAUAUUCUCAGUUGAGAAUACCACAGAUUCAUUUAACACUGAAGAUUUAAACACUCUAAACCAUACCACAAAUGAUCAAAACAACAAACCAGUUAAUAAAGAUUUUAUGGAACAUGAUACACAGCCUAAUAAUGAAUUUACUAAUACUCAGCCUAAUAGUGAAUCUGUAAAUACACAGAAUCAUGAACCUGUUACGGUAGUGGAUGUUGAGGGUGAACCUAAAGAAUGGAACAUUGAGAACAUUUUAGAGUCUCUGCUGAUGAAUGAGUUUGAAAAUUCAUCGAAGGUGUUCAGCUUAGUUUAUAUGUUUUUGGUCAGACAGUUCAAGGUGAUACCCCCAGGUACUCUUGACUGGAUGUGUGCACAGGAUAUGUCAAAUAAACUUGACCAGCUGAGAAUUCAAGAGGGUUUGUUGGAUUCUGAGAAGCUUCACUCAUUUCCUGAUGAAACUGUUGAUCAGCCUAUUCCACAGCCAGUUCCUGAGCCUCCUUUGGAGGUCAAAAAGCCCAGGACAUCGAUGGAGGACUUUGAACAUGAAAUUUCCCUAAUCAAUAAAAGUGAUGAUUACAAUUCUACCAUUUCACUUCCAGAAGUUAAGAUUAUAACUGAUGAAGAACGUAUGGAGUUUUAUAAUAACGUGAUGGAGCUGGACCAGGAAUACCAACUUGAGCUGUUCACGGUGUUUGAACAUGCCGCAGUUUGGAAAAUUGUCGGAAACGGAGAAAUUGAGCUGGAUGACAGGAACACAGACCCUAAGAUAUACAGGGGAAUGAUAAAGUGGGUUAAAGAAAAGAAAAAGGUCGCGACGACAUUGCAGGAGCCGGAGAUGGACCUGUCAAAAAUGACUUCAGAGAUAGCAGUCUGA